CCCAGAUUGCCAGUCAGGCCCCCAACAGGCUUUGGUCGGCAAACUGCAUACCUGAGGCAGGUGCCUCCAGGCAGGAUGGGAGGUGCAGAGUAAUGUAGAGAAAAGCAGGCUAGCAAGGUGUGCGAUCGGUCUGGCUUUCCUGUCAGUCACCUUCCUACGCAUGUGAAGUAGCAUGAGUGUGAGUGCAGGUGUGGAUCAUCACUGGACAGGAGAGCCGAGCUGUGCGUCCCCCCCCCCCAACUAACCCUCAGGGGCGACCCACACCAAACCUCUGCAUUGAGCCUCUACUAACCCCCGCACACUAAUCCCCCUGCGAACCCCCAGGGUGGGGAUCCUUUGAGGUAGGAGUCCCCACAGUGAACCCGGAGCUAACAGGAUGACGCCAGACCGUUGUUGCUGAGCUUCGAGUCGACAUGAAGUGGACAGAUCCCGUGGCUUCGAUCCGCAGGCGAUGGGGGAGACACCGGCAGGAGCAGGAGGGCGCAGUGCGGACGCUCGUCUCCAACCUGCCCUACGAGGACCUGAAGAAGAAAGAUCACCCCAACUGCCAGUACAAAAGUAACGUCAUCAAGACCACCAAGUACACCCUGUGGUCCUUCGUCCCCAAGAACCUCUACGAGCAGUUCCACCGCGUGGCCAACCUCUACUUCGUGGGCCUGGCCGUGCUCAACUUCGUGCCGGUGGUGAACGCCUUCCAGCCGGAGGUGGCCCUCAUUCCCAUCUGUGUCAUCCUGGCCCUUACCGCCUUCAAAGACGGCUGGGUGGACCUCAGGAGGUUCCAGAUGGACCAGAAACUCAACAACCUGCCAUGCCUCGUCUACAGCAGGAUAGAGACGGGCUUCGUGGAGCGCCGCUGGAAGGACGUGCGGGUCGGUGACUUCAUCAAGGUGGUCUCCAACGAGAUCAUCCCCGCUGACAUCCUCCUCCUCCACACAUCCAACCCCGACAGCGUGUGCCUGAUGGAAACGGCCAACCUGGACGGAGAGACCAACCUGAAGCAGAGGAAAGUAGUGCCAGGCUUCUCAGCACCGAAUUCUCCUUUUAAGCCUGGUGGCUUCAAGAGCACAGUAGUCUGUGAGAGACCCAACAAUGACCUCAAUCAUUUCAGUGGUUAUAUAGAGAAGCCAGAUAAGAAGAAACUGGGCUUUGGGAUUGAUAGUCUUUUAUUACGUGGAUGCACUACACGGAACACAGAUGAAUCUUCAGGAAUUGUGGUCUAUGCAGGCCACGAGACUAAGUCGAUGCUCAACAACAGCGGGGCCCGAUACAAGCGGAGCAAGCUGGAGAGGAAGUUGAAUGCUGACGUGCUCUACUGCGUGCUGCUGCUUUUCUCCAUGUGUCUCAUCGGAGCCCUUGGUCACGCUAUCUGGCUGGAGACGUUUUCCGAUGUCCCUCUGUACAUGGUUCCUGACAGCGAGGGCCGUUUCAUCCCCCCCACCCUCGCAGGCUUUUACAUGUUCUUCACCAUGAUCAUCCUGCUCCAGGUGCUAAUCCCCAUCUCGCUCUAUGUGUCCAUUGAGCUGGUGAAGAUGGGUCAGGUGUUCUUCAUCACGCAGGACCUUGACCUGUACCACGAGGAGACGGACACCCGAAUUCAGUGCCAGGCACUCAACAUCACCGAGGACCUGGGCCAGAUCCAGCACGUCUUCUCCGACAAGACCGGCACCCUGACGGAGAACAAGAUGGUGUUCCGCCGCUGCACCAUCACUGGGACUGAAUACUCACACAGCGAGAAUGCCGUCCGGCUGGCCGUCCUUGGCGAGACGGACGCGUCAGAAGACGAGGUGACACUCUUCCAGCAGAGGAGGAAGAGGAGGCAGCCCUCACUCUUCGCCGAGGACCCAGGGGAGGCUGCUGGACGCUGUCACGACGCCCAGGCUGAUGUUGCCAGCUAUCAGAGUUCAAAGGUCGCGGCGGGGGUCCACAGCGACCUGGCCUUCAGUAGCCCCCUGGAAACAGAGGUGGUCCCAGACAGGAAGCUGCUGCAGGUGGUCCUGGAAGCUGACCGUCUGAGGGAGGGAGGGAGCCUUGACCAGGGCCUCAACCAGGGUCUCGAGAGGAGCCUUUACCUGGACUUCUUUGUGGCUCUUGCCAUCUGUAACACUGUGGUGGUUUCCACAGCAACGGCCCAGAGACAGAGGGUCAAAGGACGUCGCAAUUCCUACGCCCCUCAGACUGUUUGGGGGCGUCUGCGCGGCUUCCUGAAGAAGACGGGGUCUCCGUGGAGCGCAUCUAAAUUUGUCGCUGGAAAACAGGAGCCCCUGGCAGACCCUUUUGCUGCGGAUGAAGAGCCCCCCGACAUCUCAGACACACCCGACAUCUACACCACCACACCUGAGGGAGGGAAUCCCAAAACACAGUCCGAGGUCACCUCCAAUCAAGCCCAGAGACAGAGGCCCGACCCGACCCGACCCGGGUCAGCGUCACCUGACGACGUGUGUUAUGAGUCCCAGAGCCCCGACGAGUCCGCCCUGGUCCACGCGGCGAGGGCUUACGGCUCCACCCUCCUGGAGCGCACCCCCGACCGCGUAACCGUCCUCCUGCCCCACGGAACACUCCUCAGCUACGAGGUUCUGGAUAUCCUGACGUUCGACUCCACCCGAAAGAGGAUGUCGGUGCUGGUGCGCCACCCACACACGGACGAGAUUAUCCUGUACACCAAAGGAGCCGAUUCGGCAGUCAUGGAGAUUCUGGAGGAUCCCGCAGGCGAGAGUGUAUCUCAAUGUGAGCUCAGAAAGCGUGUCUGCAGUAACACACAGAGACAUCUCGACAUGUAUGCCAGAGAUGGGCUACGCACUCUGUGCUUCGCCAAAAGGGUGGUAAGUCAGAAGGCGUACGAAGACUGGUCACUGAUAAGACAGCAAGCAAUAUCAGCCAUCGCGAACAAAGAGAAGCUUCUCAUGGACACGGCAAUCCUCCUGGAGACGAACCUAACUCUGAUAGGAGCCACAGGAAUCGAAGAUCGUCUCCAGGAGAACGUUCCAGAAACCAUUGAAGCACUGAGGGAGGCCGGAAUGCAGGUGUGGGUGCUGACUGGGGACAAGACCGAGACGGCCGUCAACAUCGCCUACGCCUGCAAGCUGCUGGACCACAAAGACCUGGUGUUCACCCUCAACACAAACAACAAGGCUGUGUGUCAGUCUAUCCUGGAGAGCACUCUGGAGGAGGUGAGGAGAUACGGGCCGGACCCGGUCUUCAGGGGACUCGGUGAGGGUUUUGGGGUUCAGGCAUCUGGGGAUCUGGGGGAGGACCCCACCAUCGGCCUGGUGAUUGACGGACGGACACUCAGCCUGGUGCUUGAGGAGGAAGACCUGAGGUCAAAGUUCGUGGAGCUGUGCCGCCACUGCCGCUCGGUGCUCUGUUGCCGGGUGACCCCCCUGCAGAAGAGCACCGUGGUCAAACUGGUGCGCGACAAGCUCCGAGUCAUGACCCUUGCCAUCGGUGAUGGAGCGAAUGAUGUGAACAUGAUCCAGGCCGCUGACGUUGGUAUUGGAAUAUUUGGUCAAGAGGGGAUGCAGGCUGUCAUGGCUAGCGACUUUGCGAUUUCUCGCUUCAAACACUUGAGGAGGCUGCUGCUGGUUCACGGGCACUGGUGCUAUUCCAGACUGUCAAACAUGGUCAUCUACUUCUUCUAUAAGAAUUUGGCGUAUGUGGCUCUGCUGUUCUGGUACCAGUUCUUCUGCGGGUUCUCAGGCACGGCCAUGAUCGACUACUGGCUCAUGAUAUUCUUCAACCUCUUCUUCACCUCAGUACCCCCUAUCAUGCAUGGCAUCAUGGACCAGGACGCCUCCAAGACGACCCUGCUCUCCUUCCCUGAGCUGUACAAGAUCGGUCAGCACUCAGAGGGGUACAGGCGCUCCGCAUUUUGGAUCGCCAUGUUGGAUGCCUUUUAUCAGAGCCUGGUUUGCUUCUUCAUCCCGUAUUUGACCUACCAGGGCUCUGACAUCGACAUCUUCUCGUUUGGAAACCCAAUGAAUACUGUGUCUCUCUUCACUAUCAUCCUUCAUCUAGCCAUUGAGAUAAAUGCAUGGACGGUGGUUCACUGGGUGACUAUGCUGGGCAGUGUGCUGUUGUAUUUCGGCGUGACGUUAGCCUUCAGUGCGAUCUGCGUGACCUGCAACCCUCCGUCUGACCCGUACUGGAUCAUGCAACAGCAAAUGGCCGACCCCAUGUUCUACCUGGUGUGCCUCAUCACUGUGGUCGUGGCGCUGCUGCCCAAGUACACGCUGCAGGUUCUGAGGGGAACGCUGGCGCCCCCCCCUCUGCUGUAUGCGCGGCAGCUGGAACGCCAGCCACCCUCCGGGGAGGAGCAGAUCCGGAUCGACGUCUCGCAGGCUCCGCCAGACCCGCGCUUCACCCUCUCGGGCCUCUCCUCGCCCCCACCCUCGUCUCCCCCCAGCCCCAUUCAGACCCGGCACCCCCAAAAACUCUGACAGUGCUGGGCAUCAGACGUCAGAACCAGGCCCAGAUCAGACGUCAGAACUGGGAGAGCCCCCCGAUGGGAAACGGAGAGGAGGAGAAAACACUGGGAGAGAGAGGAAAAAACGCUGAGCGUUAUUUUCAUUUGACAUUUUUUGUUGUUGUUGUCUGGUAAAUAUAGAACUGCUUUAUAUGUUUUGAGCAUAGGGAGGAAGAUGCGUAUGGAGGACUACACUGCACAUACCACCAGCACCAACAGAUUAAUUUAACUUUCCUGAGCCUUGUGUCAGUUUGCUGUAGCUGACACUCCAUUUUGGGCCUUUUUGUUGUAUCUUGUUGUUACUUUUUAUGUUUUAGCCUUCCUGGAAAAAGCAUCACAUGGAAACCUGUUACGCAUUCCUUAAAGCUUUUUCAAAAUCCACCAGUAGCUUUCAGACCACUUAGAAAAAGAAAGACCUGUCUCAACUGAUCGAUUCAACUCAUUGCUGACACAUAAGAAAACUUGAGCAGGAAAUGCUUGGUGGAGGCAUUAGCUGCAUCCA